CCAGUCUAGGAGAAUCCGGACCGCAGGGCCCAGGGUUGGGGUUCCAGGUGCGACCCCAGCGGAAGAUGAACGGGACGCAUAGCUGGUGUACAUUGGUGGAUGUGCAUCCGGAGGGGCAGACCGCGGGCAGCGUGGACAUUCUCAGGCUGACUCUCCAGGGUGAACUGACAGGAGAUGAACUUGAACGCAUAGCUCAGAAGGCCGGCAGGAAGACCUAUGCCAUGGUGUCCGGCCACUCAACUGGUCAUUCUCUGGCCUCAGAACUGGUGGAGUCCAACGAUGGACAUGAAGAGAUCAUUAAGGUGUACUUGAAGGGGAAGUCUGGAGACAAGAUGAUCCAUGAAAAGAAUAUUAACCAGCUGAAGAGUGAGGUCCAGUAUAUCCAGGAGGCCAGGAACUGCCUGCAGAAGCUCCGGGAGGAUAUAAGUAGGAAGCUUGAUAGAAAUCCAGGAGAUUCUCUCCAUCAACAGGAGAUACAGGUGGUGAUAGAAAAGCCAAAUGGCUUUAGUCAAGGUCCCCUGACCCCACAUAGCAGCCUACCCGAGGUGGACACCUAUGUAGACGAAGAUGUCGAGAGCUUGAGGAGGACCGUGCAGGACUUGCUUGUCAAGCUGCAGGAGGCUGAACGGCAGCACCAGUCAGAACGUGUGGAUUUUGAGGUCACACUCAGUCGGUACCAGAGAGAAGCAGAACAGAAUCAGGUGGCCCUUCAGAGAGCAGAGGACAGAGUGGGGCAGAAGGAGGCGGAAGUCGGGGAGCUGCAGAGAUGCUUUCUGGGAAUGGAGACGGAGCAUCAGGCCUUACUGGCGAAGGUCAGGGAAGGGGAGACAGCUCUGGAGGAUCUUCGGAGCAAGAAGGUUGACUGCCGAGCAGAACAAGAAAAAGCUGCUAACCUGGAAAAGGAAGUGGCUGGGUUGCGGGAGAAGAUCCACCACUUGGAUGACAUGCUUAAGAGCCAGCAGCGGAAAGUCCGGCAAAUGAUAGAGCAGCUCCAGAAUUCAAAAGCUGUGAUACAGUCAAAGGACACCGCCAUCCAGGAGCUCAAGGAGAAAAUUGCCUACCUGGAAGCCGAGAAUUUAGAGAUGCACGACCGGAUGGAACACCUGAUAGAGAAACAAAUCAGUCAUGGCAACUUCAGCACCCAGAACCGGAUCAAGACUGAGAACCUGGGCAGCAUUAGGAUCGCCAAGCCCCCCAGCCCAAAGCCCAUGCCUCUCAUCCGAGUGGUGGAAACAUGAGCUGAAGGAGACAAGAUGCUGCUGUUGCUGGUGCCUCUGGCCUGAGGAGCAGCCCACCACCCCUGGAGGCUGCCGGCCCUGACUUUGACUUCCCAACUGCUCCCUUCAUGGUUCCGAACGCCCAUCCUCUACUCUGGGCGGACGGGCGAUGAGCUCCCCCUCUGGACACUGCAGCCUCUGGAGGCCAGCGAUAUCCUGCCCACAGGACCCAGGACAGUAGCCUUAUUCCCAUAGUUACUAUUUUUCUCUGUAGCAGAGCCUCCCUUCUGUUGUAGACUGGAGUUUGUAGCCCGGGCCGGUUAUUCUGCCCCAGAAGCCAGGCCCUCCGCAGGUCAGGAGAGGUGACAAGAUCUACCUCAUCCCUAGAGGCUGGAGGCACAGAUGUCAGCAGUGAUUGAAGAGUGUCCUGGGGGCAUGAAGUUCCUUCCUUAAACGCAGCCGCAGAUCUUAGCAACAAACUGUUUUUCUAAUUGCUCCACCCUCAGCCCAUGCUGACCCCGGCUUCCUGCAGACAGACAAUGGGGCUACCUGUCAUGGCCUGUGAACCUCAACUUUGACUGGACAGCCUUGUCUUUUGGGGAGGGGGAAUGUCCUUCAGGGAGUAACUCUUAGCAGAAAGGUUCUGUGAGGCCACGGAGAGUUACGGGCGACUUCUGUCUGCUGUGAAGACUCCCAGAAUCUCUUAGGGUUUCCCCCUAAGUUGCGGUGCAAGAUACACCUCAUUCUUGUCGACUCAGAGCCUAAAAACUGUUUUCACUGGGUUACAUCAAUCUCAGCGAAGAAACUCUCAUGGUAUUUAUUUUGCUAAGUUAUUGGUGUUUUUGCUUACAUCUCACAACUGAUUAAGUACCAGAGUUCAGAGUUCUACAGCCUUCUCUUGCGGUGUUUGGAUUUGCUCGACAGAGGGAAAAGAGUGUUCCCGGUGGACUUGUCGAUUUCAGAAUGAUGUCAUAGUCUUUUUAUCUCUUUCAUGCUGCUUUUCCCUUCCUCCUCCAAACCUCAGGAAGGCAAGUAUUGACAUAUUUGCCCUGAAGCAUCGGGGUCUGAGUGUCUGUUGUUCAGGGGAAGAGAGCAAUCAGGAGGGAUUGAAUUCUUCCCUUAACCCCUCUGCACCCCUCUUGCUCCACAGUCAGUUUGUUAUCCUGGCUCUGAGUGAACCUGCCACUCAUCGAGUUUCUUUAGGGCUCUUCCUGCAGCCUUAAGGAGGAGAUAAGCAUCAGAAUGUUGUACCGUAGGACACAGAAAAAUGAAAAAUAAACAUUAAGUCUUUAGGUUCUACUUGGCUCAAAACCAGAAGCCUUAAGUCUGUGGUUUCUUUGUAUCAGGGCUGAGCUCCCAUGCUGGCUUUGUCCAUCGUGUUCUGGUGUUCUGGUGUUCUUCACGCCAUUCCCAUUUGUGAAACGAGGGGGUUGGACCAGAUAAUCUCCGUAGGCCCUUCCAGUUCUGAUAUUCUUUCCUGCGGCAUGUUCUUUGUGUGGUGAAUUUAAUAAAUUAUGUUAAUGUGUCUCUUUGAGCUCCUGGCCUGGUUUCUUUUCACUUUUCAGGCAGGUUGAAAGAGCAUAAUUUUAGUGCCUCUUGCAGAUGGGCACCCUGCUGUCCACAUCUGGGAGGUAUGGAGACAUCCCCAACACGAUGAUAUGGGGACUUUGUGGCAUUCAGAGGAGUUAGCAUGUCUCUGUUAAGCAGCUCAGCUGCAUGGUCUGAGUCCCCAUUGCAGGAGGUAGCCCCUAACUUGAGCUCUGACCCUGUCUGGGGUGGCGGCCUUGUGGGAUCCCUAAGUUUGGCCACUGCGUGUCUUCCUCAGUUGGAAAAGAUCUGCUCACAGACAGAGGUCCUGUGAUUACUUAGAGAUUUACCAAUCAGCACUGGAGGGAGAUGACUAACUCCAUGUGCUUCGCAGAAAUGAAAAGUAUUCUGGAAAUGCUGACUGCAGCUGUUUGAGGCUUUAGUUUUUGGCUAUCUCUAGGCAUCAUUCAAUUAAUCCACCGAUCAUCUUUUUCUUUCUGCCAAAAAAUGUAGUUGACUGCAGGGCCCAACGGGGACAUAGCUAAAUUUACAUGAAUCUUCCCUGGACCAAAGAAACUAGAAAUGGAACCUCCGUCAUCCCUGGCCGCAUUUCCUCUCUAGUCCCCUUUCUCCUUCAAUCAAAAGAAUGUAAAUUUUUCUCUUGUGACUUUUCUUACCCUGUUUGCUUCUCAGCUAAUUCACAUCCAGGCUUCAGGAUGUACUGGAAACCUUCCAUUCCAGACCUGGGUUUGUCUUCUGACAGCCUGGGUUCUCUUCCUUCUCUGGAAGUCUUGCUUGGCCUGGGUGUAUCUAGACUGUGCUUGCUCUCUGGACUAUUAAGAGGGUGGAAGCAGGGUGCGGUUGCCUGAGGUGCCAAGGUGACUUGCAUGGCUGGAAGGAGACAGGAGCGAGUGAGCCACCGCACAGGAGAGGGAGGCUCUGGGAUGGGGCUCAAGGAUGUGUUGGGAUGAGCAGAGCUUCUAUUUGGAGAUAAUGAGGUGGUCUGGAAACGUUCAGGAGAUGAGAACUAGAGCUCUAACGGCAGUUCCCUGGAGGUCCAGUGGUUAGGACUCUGCGCUUUCACUGCCUCGGGCCCGGGUUCGAUCCCUGGUCAGGGAACUAAAAGCCCACAAGCCACGUGGCACGGCAAAAAAAAAAAAAAAAAAAAAAAGAACUAGAGCUCUGAGAGAUUCCUGGGACCAAAAAGUGCCCCUGGUGUAUAUUUCCCCAAGUUUAGUUGUACCACUGCUGAAAGGAACAGGGGCUAAGAAGGGUCUGUGGGAAGAAAAAGUAGCUGAGGGAAAGGUAAAUUUCCUGGCAACUGGCAACUUUUCCAUUAGAGAUGGAGAAUGGGGACUGGAGGAGAAGGAAGCAGAGCCCAGGGCCUGAGAAAGGGCGUGGUGAGAAACUGCUCCUGACUUCAGUGGCCUGUUGAUUGCCUGCGUUAUGUCAUUUGUAAGCCAACUCCUCUGUGCUCCUUGAAUAUGUUGCAGAGGGAAGAUUGAGUCUGACUCCCUGGGACCUUUGCCAUGACGGCCUGUUUAUUUGAGCUGGGUGUUGAGAGCUGCCCGGACACGCAGCCAUCAUCAGCAGGCUGCUAUAAACCCGGAGCAUCACCCCAACAUGGGAAAAGCUUGCAGGAGCACUCCUUGCCUCUGUUCUCCCACCUCUUCAUUUGUCCCCUCCCUGAGUAGAAAAAAGCCUGACAGGGACAUGGUAUUUCAACCAAAUGGUACAUUGGACUUCUUUUUUUUUUUCAGUUUUUUAUUUUAUUAUUUUUUUAACUUUUUUGAAAAAAUAU